UAUAACUUUAUCAAAAAUGACAAGUUAUAUGCCACCAAAUUAUAUGCCAUGGGAAUCAAAAUGGCGGCAUUAUCCAACGUACAUCUACUCAAGAAAUUAUGGAUUCGGAAUAAAUUAUUAUCAACCAAUGAUUGAUUAUAUAGAUUCCAAGCGAAUCGCAUCAAAAUCAUCUUUACCAGAACUUGAAAAAAGAAUAGAAUUACCUGAAUUACCCUGGUCUGACAGCAAAGUUUUGUGGGAAGAUAAAAAAGUGCAACCCUAUACGAGAGAUGAUCUUAUUAAAUAUGCAAUUGAUGCUGAGGACAAAGCCAGAGAUCACCUAUCUCAUUUUAAGAUAGCAAAUCGCUCGGACUUCAGCCUGGCCAAGACCGUGCAAGCCAGCCGCGUGACCAAGGAGAUUUUUCCGCGUACCGGAAAGGACUUGAAAAGACUACCCAUGCCAUUGAUGUUCGCCAGCACUCGUGCCCGCAGCGAGGUCAAGGAGAUCCAGCAGGAAGCGAUGAGCAAUAUUAAGUUGCAAGCGUUGAAAGAUGUUCGGAUGAUGACCGAGGUGAAUGACGCGUUGAAGCAUGCUAAAAGUCUCCGUGGUAAAUCUGCGAAAGCAAUAGAAUUUCAUCUGAGGACAGAAGCACUGAAGAAUCUGUCCAAGAGCCAGGAGUUGGCUGAUAUCCGGAAAUUCCAAAAGGAGACCAUGCAUUCUCUCUGGGACGAUACGGUACACAGCAGAUUGAUGAAUGAAAGGGCCAAGGCUCUAAUUGAUGAGGACAAGCUGAUACAGCCACUUGAUACGCUCAGCAAGGAGCUGCGCGGAUUCGAGCAGAAGUCCAGCAAUUAUUUUCUAGAUAAGAGGUAUCAAGAUCGUAUGAGACGGGAACUUUUGUAUGGGUGUCGAGGAUGCGAGUAUUAUAAUAUUAAGCGUAGUAGAUAGAUAAGAGUUGUGACGUUAUGAUCGAGUUCUCAGUAGAAAAAAGGUACAAUAUUUUAAUUUUUAGAAAAGAAUAAA